AUGUCAGAUGCCGAAGAGGGCGGCGUUUUGGUUGACGAUCUUGCACUUAGCGGGAAUGAGAUGGAAGAUGAAGAGAUGGUUUUUGGGAAGAAUCCCAAUAUCUUCCAUAAGAUCAAAUUCGAGAUCAUCGCUUUUCUGGCCACCAUAUUUUUUUUUGGAAUUUGGGCAAAAGUAUCCUCUACAGAUGAGUUCUCUUUCAAGUGGAACGUGAUAUAUCUUAGCAUUUUAUCAUGGAUUGACUUAGAUGAAUCAGCCUGGACGAGUGAAUUGCUGCAGUCUCGCAUGCACUCAUCGGGUCAACUCAACAACGAUCUAGCCCUUUCUGAUUCUGAUGACGAAGAACGCGUUGAAGCGAUUAAGAGAGGCGAUACGAGUGAUAAUCUCCUGGACUCGUUCUAA